AUGGAGCAUAUAUACCCGAUAAUGCCAAUCAUAUAUAUCUCCACUCUGCGCGCUUCCAUCACUCGACCACUCGAAACACCCGAGAAGAAUCUGUUAUACUCUCUUUGUGCUCUUACUUCUAUGCAUAUGUCUGGAAAAAGUAUUGUUGCACCUGGACCUCCUUCGUGGGAAGCAGCUGGCCGGUUUUUUCUCGACGAGUGCAUUUCAGUUCGACAGUCUUAUGAUUUCGUCGAGGAUAAAUCCUUGGGGGCUGUCAUUUCUUCAUUUUUUGUAUCAACGGCUUUCUUCGAACUUAACCAAUCUCGCAAAUCUUGGUAUUAUCUUAGAGAAGCAUUGACGAUGGGUCAGGACCUGGGUCUGCAUGACGAAAAAACCUACAUUGGUUUGUCUCCUGCAGAGUCGCUUUGUCGGAGAAGGACAUUCUGGAUUUUAUAUGUCACUGAAAGGUAAUGAAGAAAGCUCUAUAUGUGCCAGAAGUCUCUAACAAGUCCUAGAUCAUUUGCGAUUUUACGCCAUAAGCCCCUCACUCUUCAAAAGACACCCGAUUUUCCAACCACCCUCCAUGAGUAUGAAGCACCGGAGAUCCACUCGGGUUUCAUGCAUCUGGUACAUUCCUACCAUCUUCUAGAUUGUUCGUUCGUAGAUUCUUGGAACGAAGCGUCUGCAAAGCCUGGCUGCGAAACAACCUACACUGACCUGCAGAGGCAGCUUAACCUUCCACAUCCGGCACAUAUAUCUUUGACCGACAUCCAGAAGGCCGACAUCCUUGUAACGAAACAAUGGCUUCGAUUGAUAGUAUGGCAAUCUUCAAUGAGACAAGGCCUUCUUUCCUCGAAUGCCGAGGAGGAGAGUAUGACUUUCCGUUACCCGCUGAAGAUCGCGCAUUCUCUCCUAGACGUCAUAUCAUCACUUCCUACAAAAAGCAUCGAAGUUCACGGAAUGGGAAUCUUCGAGAAAAUAUUCGAGAUUGGCAAUACGAUGGUAGAUGUUAUGCAAGCCUGUGGAAUGAAUAUUACGAGUAGCAACUAUGGUGUUACGCAGGAUCCACUUUCAAUUUUUGUUAAAACGCUCAGCCAAUCCCCCAACUCUCAAAGACAGUACGCUAGCCUCCUUCUCGCUAAAGCAGCCGAAAAGCCGGAAAUUCAAAGAUUUUCACAACCCUUGACAGCUCCUCUUCCGGACCCCGGAAUUAUACCACAAUCCCACGAUGGGCUUCCCGACCCGAGUCUUGAGCCGCAGCCUCCUCCAGUACCGCAGUGGCGUGGUAGUAUAGUUGGCGAGAUUGCUGAUGAAGGGGGUUAUGAGGGUGCUCCGCGAAGUAAUGUGGCGUGGAAUGAGAAUUCUAAUUGGGUCCCUGACCCCAAUGAAAAUGUGGAAAUUCCGGAAAAUCCAAUUGUUUUUAAGAUGGAAUGACAUGAUAUAUGCCCCUGUCUCUCGCAUUUAUUUCCUUUUAGAUACCAUUCAUAUCUUACACUCUGUCGUUAUUAUUUCCUAGAGUCGUUCAUGGGGCUUCUGCGUUUUUGUAACAUUACUUUCUUGCUAAUGAUUCAGUUUUGCAUUUUUGCGGAGUCUUACUGUAUCGAUCACGAUCAUGAUCAAUGGCAAUAUUCAUUAUCUCAAAGCUUGAGUUCCCAAAGCUUCAACUCCACAUGCUAUAAUGGUUAUGAGGUUCUGGUCGCCAAGCUCUUGCCGCGCUUCUCCGGUUCCAUUCCUUAUGUCAUGUGCAAACUUUCGUCGACAAGCAUGAUAGUUCAUAUAAGGAAAUUUUAGUAGCAUGGAGG